AUGCCAAGGAAGAGGACAGCAAAGCGCGCUGAAUUACCCAAUAAACGCACCACUAGAGCUAAGUCUGUGGAGAAGGACGAUAAUGAGACGGGAAAACUUGUGCCUGAGGCUGAAGUCAACGGAAAUGAUGUCGGAAUAGAUAAUCCUAGCGCUAGUCAGGAUCAGAAAGAAAAUCAGGAACCGCAAAGCGAGGAUAACAAAAAUUCAGUAGACAAAAAAGCACUCUCACCUAUUCCUGGACUAGAAAAUCCAUUGAUGACACCAUCAAAGCGUCUAUUUGAUAGUCCGGAGCGUUCCACUUUGCUUUCUCCUACAAAGACGCGUCAAGAAUUCAAGCUACCUUCUGAGACUGCGGUGUCCCAAUUGGUUCAGCGUAAGGACUUGAAGACGCUUACGAGUAUUCUCAACGAUCUUACUACGUCGAAAACCGAAAGAAUGUUUCAGGAGUACAAAAAGCUAUCAGAACGAAAGCAACAGACUAGUGAGACACUAAUCAACAACCUGACAAAAGAAAACCAAAAACUUCGUACAAGUAUCAAAUCGUUGCAGGUGAAUAAGCAGAAUUCAAAAGAGACGGAUCUAUUAAAACGACAAAUCGAGUCUCUCAAACGCGAAAAUACACGUUUAAGCUCCGAAAUUGAGUCGCUGAGCGCGAAACGCGGCUCUAACCAAUCCCAAAUUGACAAUGCGGUGGCAGAACUUGAUCUUAUGGGCACAAAAUUGGAGAUCACUGAGCUAUUAACAGGUCUCACAUGCCAGGAAUAUAUUGAAGAUUCUGAAAACAUGAUAUUCAAGAUGAAGCAGCAGGGAGAGACUUGUUUUCUGAUUUAUCAACUUUUGAUCAGCAAGACGGGGGCCGGAGAGAUUGUUUACAUUCCAAUCCUGAAGCAUGAGGAGAGCCAGUCUGGGUCAGAGCGCAAAGAGUGGACUGAGAAUCUCAACAAGCUUGAAAAAGUUCUGCCGGACUACUUGCUGGACAAUUUGACAUUCCCAUCCAAUACACUUUAUAACUUCUACAAUAAGCUGGGAAGAUCACUCAACAAGAAAGUGGAAUGA